GCUCUCCCCACCCCGCCUUUUUCCCCCGCCCUGCUGACGGCCGGGCCGGAGGCGCCACGCCGCCAUUUUAUCGCUAUAGCUGCUGGGGCUCCGCGCCGCGGCCGUUGGCGCGACCGGUGGAGCGGGCCGCGGCCGCGGCGGCAGCGCCGGGCGCUUUUUAAAGGGGUUUUUAAUCUGCCUGGGGGGGGAGGGUGUCUCUGUGCCCUGUUUUAACACACUAUGUCCGCAGACGGAGCCACCGGCGACCAGACUGCCGAAUAUGUCCCAGAAAAAGUGAAGAAAGCUGAAAAGAAACUAGAAGAAAAUCCAUAUGACCUUGACGCUUGGAGCAUUCUCAUUCGAGAGGCACAGAACCAACCCAUAGACAAAGCACGGAAGACCUAUGAACGCCUUGUUGCCCAGUUCCCCAGUUCUGGCAGAUUCUGGAAACUGUACAUUGAAGCAGAGAUUAAAGCAAAAAAUUAUGACAAAGUGGAAAAGUUAUUUCAGCGAUGCCUUAUGAAGGUUUUACACAUUGAUUUAUGGAAAUGUUACCUUUCCUAUGUACGAGAAACCAAGGGGAAGCUCCCUAGUUACAAAGAAAAAAUGGCUCAGGCAUAUGAUUUUGCUUUGGAUAAGAUUGGCAUGGAAAUCAUGUCAUACCAGAUCUGGGUGGAUUACAUCAAUUUUUUGAAAGGCGUAGAAGCAGUAGGAUCUUACGCAGAAAACCAGAGGAUAACAGCUGUCCGUAGGGUUUACCAGCGUGGUUGCGUGAAUCCAAUGAUAAACAUAGAACAGCUCUGGAGAGAUUAUAACAAAUACGAAGAGGGCAUCAAUAUUCACUUAGCUAAGAAGAUGAUUGAAGACAGGAGUAGAGAUUAUAUGAAUGCACGACGUGUAGCAAAGGAAUAUGAGACAGUGAUGAAAGGUCUGGACCGCAAUGCUCCCUCUGUCCCCCCACAAAAUACCCCCCAAGAGGCUCAGCAAGUAGACAUGUGGAAGAAGUACAUCCAGUGGGAAAAGAGCAAUCCUCUGCGUACAGAAGAUCAAACUCUCAUAACAAAAAGAGUUAUGUUUGCCUAUGAGCAAUGCCUUUUGGUUCUGGGACAUCACCCAGAUAUCUGGUAUGAAGCUGCACAGUACCUCGAGCAAUCUAGUAAACUGCUAGCCGAAAAAGGGAGUCGAAUGAAGUAUGAGAAAGUACACAGCAUAUAUAACCGGCUCCUGGCUAUUGAAGACAUUGAUCCCACUCUGGUCUAUAUCCAAUAUAUGAAAUUUGCAAGGCGAGCAGAAGGCAUAAAAUCUGGAAGAAUGAUAUUUAAGAAAGCAAGAGAGGAUGCCCGGACCCGCCAUCACGUCUACGUUACAGCAGCUUUAAUGGAGUAUUAUUGUAGUAAGGAUAAGUCUGUGGCCUUUAAGAUAUUUGAGCUAGGACUGAAAAAAUACGGGGACAUUCCAGAAUAUGUACUGGCAUAUAUCGACUACCUUUCUCACCUUAAUGAGGACAAUAAUACAAGGGUUCUGUUUGAACGUGUUUUAACUUCAGGGAGCCUUCCACCUGAGAAAUCUGGGGAAAUCUGGGCUCGGUUUUUAGCUUUUGAAAGUAACAUUGGUGAUCUGGCUAGUAUACUGAAAGUGGAAAAACGGAGGUUUACAGCAUUCAAGGAAGAAUAUGAGGGUAAAGAAACAGCUCUGCUGGUAGACAGGUACAAAUUCAUGGAUUUGUACCCUUGCUCUGCUAGUGAACUGAAGGCCCUUGGAUAUAAGGACGUCUCUCGUGCCAAGCUGGCAGCUGUAAUUCCAGACCCUGUGGUUGCACCUUCCAUCGUGCCUGUUCUCAAAGAUGAGGUGGACAGAAAACCCGAAUAUCCAAAACCGGACACUCAACAAAUGAUUCCAUUUCAGCCACGACACUUAGCACCUCCAGGUUUACAUCCCGUCCCAGGCGGUGUGUUUCCUGUUCCACCAGCAGCUGUAGUUCUCAUGAAGCUUCUGCCACCUCCUGUUUGCUUUCAGGGUCCCUUUGUUCAAGUGGAUGAGCUCAUGGAGAUCUUUAGAAGAUGCAAACUGCCAGACACUGUUGAUGAAGCUGUGCGGAUAAUUACCGGAGGCCUACCUGAAAUAGCUGUGGAAGGCAAUGGACCUGUGGAAAACAACGCUAUGCUCAGCAAGGCCGUUAAGAGGCCACACGAGGAUUCUGACGAUGAUGAGGAGAAAGGAUCUGUAGUUCCCCCUGUACAUGACAUUUACAGAGCACGACAGCAAAAGCGAAUCCGGUGAAACAAGUUUGGAGUUCUACUGUGAUAGACAAAGACUUGCAUUGAGUCCGUCAGUCUCUUAAAAGUCAAGCAUUUAAAAGGGACAGCUGCAAACAAAAGUAAAUCUUGAAAAUGGUUUUGUUACUGUGGUGCCUCUUUUCCCCUAUGGUUCUUGAUCCGAAAACAGCCAGAACAACCUUAGAAUGUGCUCUGAACAAAUCAAGGUUUUCAGAACCAGAAGUGCAAAAUGUCAAAACUGCAUUUUGUUCUUCAAGGGUGUUCACAUCUACCACUUGAGAUCUGGUGGGUUUUCAACAGUUUUAUUUUAAAAACUGGAUGGCUUAUACUUGUGAAGCAUUUUUAAUUCACAUUUUCUGGAAAACAGUUGUUCUCAGUUUGUUCAUGUAGUUCCUGCCUUAUUGUUCAUUUUUAUUUAUGGCAGAAUGUAUGGAAUCUGUUUUGUAGUUGAAAAUGGAAAGAAACAUUCCUUUAAAAUAAAAGGAUAUCCAUAAUGUCAUGCCUCAUUCUGGUUUUAUUCAAACACAACAAGUUACUUCUUAAAUAUGACUCAGCCACUUCAAAAGCAAUGUUAUUAAGACCAUCACAGGAAAUUGAUCAGAGCAUACAUAUUAGAAUUAGCUUUUUUUUCCAUUUUUCUAGAGGAUACAGUAUACUUUUGCUUUUAAUUCCAUGACUGUUUAAAGAAGACAGCAUCGUAAGACAAACUGGGUACGUAUUUCUAAUGUGGAUUGUCCAGGAGUACUAGCUCACACAGUCUGUUCCUGGAUAACUGCAUUGGUCUUCCACUUAAGGUACAAAGCUAAAUGUUAAUAUAUUAGCUACACAGUUUAACCUGGUAUUAUCAAACAAGCUAACAAAACCACUAUAUGAACUUCUGAAGCAGUUUCUAUGCAUACUGUAGAUUUUUAACUUGUAACAGGCUAUUCAGAACUGCACUCAUCGUGCUGAGACCUUAAGAAUCCCUGUGGACUACAGGACAUUCAGACACCCAGACAAGUUGAAAGACAUUCCCACCACCAGCAGCAGAGAUGACACCAGUCAGUGCUCCCGUCUACUGGACUAAAAGGUGAAACAGCCUAUGUGUAACCACAGAACUACAUUGCCAUGGAGGUAAUGUCUGGCCUUACCAGUCACAGAAUUUCUUUUUUGCUUUGCCACUUAAUCAUAUCUCCCUAUUUCUUUUAAAGAGGAUGUAGAGAAACUAUUUGUCAACCACUCUCA